CAUGUCAAUGGAGGAUAUUCCCGGAUGAUAACGGCGGAGCCGGUGAUAUUGAUAAUUAUAAAAGUAGUGUGUUUGUCAGUAUGUGAGUGAGAGGCACAGAGCAACAUGCUUGAGAGGAUUUAUACUGAUCUGAAGAUAUCCGGAGGACAACUCUGCGUAUAUCGAAUGUAGAAAGAAUGAGCACGUUUGUGACGCUGGCGGAGGUGCUGGAGUCACGGGGAGCGCCUCUGGAGGAGGACGAGGUCUGGGCUCUCCUCUUCGGUGCUGCAGAAGCCUUGAUAGACAUCUCCAGUAAAGAUCCUGGUAACAUGUGUUGUGUCAUCAGUCCCGGCUCCAUGCUCCUGUCUGGUGUCGGCAGUGUUGCUUUUAAGAGCUGCGGCCGAUCUGAGGACGUGGGUUCAUUCGCUUCUCCAGAAAUGUCACAGAGCAACACUUCCUCCAGAAGACAGGCCACGGAGAAGAUGGUGGUUUACUCACUAGGCAUGACGCUGUAUUGGGCAGUAGAUUAUCAACUUCCACAAAAUCAGGCCGUCCGGCUCAGCGACAGCCUGAACAUUCUUCUACUGAGCAUGUGUGAGGAUGUGGCUCACAAACGUGUGAACCUGCUGACAGUGCUGGAGGCGUGUGAACAACAGCAUAAGGCCGCCGUCCUGCCCCGACCACAGAAAACCAUCAGACAGAUGACAGAGGAUGUGCUGCAGGCUGAGAGAAACCCAAAUGAUUCUGCUCAUAUGAUAGACCGAAGCCAGAUGGUUAGAGAAAGACUUCGGGGUGCUUCCUGUCAGAACUCAGUUUGGCCAUUGAAAGGGAACAGCACACCGACAGCAGCAGACUUCAGCAGAAGUCACAGUUCACACCAGAGGAGCAGAAACAGCACGUGGCUUUGCCAAAGUCCAGUUCCCGACAGACGGCGUCACUUCACCUCCUCAAGGUCAAAUCAGCUGUUUGGCUCUUCAUUUAGCCUUAAUGAACGGAAAAUAAAGGAAACGGGCCCAGAGUUCAUCCGAAUGCUGGAGGAGCCUGCGCUGGUUUUAGAGCUGCCUAAUUCUAUUGUGUCAAACAAAUGGAGGUCGAGUUCAAACCAAAGGAACUUGACCGUGAUGAUGCCAAACGGACAGAACAUUCUGCUCAAGUGUGACGUCAAGUCUCGAGGAGGCGACGUCUUUGACAUGAUUAUCGCUUAUGCAAACCUCACUGAACACUUUUACUUUGGCCUUGCUUAUAGUGAUGAUAAUGAAUUUUUUUUUCUUGACAAUGACACAAAAAUGUCCAAAGUUGCCCCUGACGCCUGGAAAAAAGUGCCCACUGCCACAUUUGUGCUUCAUUUCCGCAUCAGAUAUUUUGUAAAUGACGUCUCUCUUCUUCUACACAAACUGACCCGUCAUCAGUAUUAUCUCCAGCUGAGACGGGACAUUCUGGAUGACCGCUUGUCCUGUAAUGAGGAGACGUGCUUGUUUCUUGGUGCCUUGGCUCUUCAAGCUGAGUUUGGGGACAGUAUGCCUGAGGUCUACGGGAAGAACUACUAUCAGCCUGAGCAUUACGUCUCCAAGAGUGUUUUGCAGAAAAUGGCAAUGCCUUGUCUGAAAGAAGAGUUGCUACGGUUACACGCCAACAAUGCAAACAUGACAGCAGAGGAGGCCGAGCUCGAGUUUCUCAAGAGCGUCCAGCAGCUUCCGGAGUACGGCGUGCUGUUUCACCGUGCCGGCCGUGAGAAGAAGCCCGUGUUCGGGGAGCUGCUGCUGGGAGUGUGUGCCAAAGGAGUCAUUGUGUAUGAAGUUAUUAAUAACUCCAGAACCGCAAGCCUUAGAUUCCACUGGAGAGAGACGAGCAAUAUCACCUCCGCUCGGCGUAAGUUUAUCAUUGAGAGCAGCACCAGCAAAAAGAAGCACAUCUUUCUGACCGAAAAAUCCAAAGUUGCCAAAUACCUGUGCGACCUCUGCUCCGCUCAGCACAAGUUUCACAGAGAGAUGAACUCACGUCAGCUCUCACGCAGCCUCGCUUCAGAGGAGAGUAUCGUGCAGUACGCAGCCGUGUGCAGGACUCAGAACAACGAGCUCGAUGCCGCCGCUGACGACUCCAUGAGCAGAUUCUGUGAGGACGUGGCAACCCGCAUCGAAGCAAAGAUCAGACAACACAGAGACUUACUAGAGCACACAGGAUCUCAAAGUCCAGCUCUUCAGAGAAGCUCCUGUAGCUCUCCAAAGCGUUAUUCUGACAUCCCUUCAAUGUCCUCACUGUUACGAGAUACUCCAACGAGUGCCCGACCUCCAGAGAGGGAGAUCAUCUGCGUUUCCCUCAAAAAGGAUCCCAAAGUUGGCCUCGGUAUUGUGAUUGUUGGAGAAGACACCACUGGAAAACUAGACCUCGGGAUCUUCAUCGCAUCCAUUGUACCCGGAGGCCCGGCUGAUCGAGACGGACGCAUCAAACCGGGUGGUCGACUGAUCUCUCUGAAUCAGCUGAGUCUGGAGGGCGUGUCCUUCAGCGAGGCCGCUGACAUCAUGCAGAGCAGCUCCAGUCAGGUGGAGCUCAUUGUCUCACAGCCAAAAGCUGUGUCUAAGCAUGGAGGCGCUGGUCAUCUGGCCGAGAGGAACUACGAGUCUCAGAGCACCAUACUGGCCGACAGUCGAGCAGGAGACGAGUAUCUGGACGAGCUGGUCAACGUUAUGAUGACCCCUAAAGGAACAAACCGCCUCCAUGUUCCCGAGGUUCGCAUUAUAAACGCUCAGGACGAUUAUUCCAGGUCAGCGUCUCUCAUCAGCCUGAGACCUGAAGAGUUUAAUGUGACGCUUCAGAAAUCUGCAGGGAGUCUGGGCAUCAGUAUUGCCGGUGGAGUGAAUACAGGUCUCCGUUAUGGAGGUAUUUACAUCAAGAGUCUGGUACCUGGUGGAGCGGCGGAACAAGACGGACGUAUCCAGACAGGAGACAGGCUGUUGGAAGUGGAUGGCACCAGACUGCAGGGAUUCACAGAUCAGCAGGCGGCUGAAUGUUUGGCAAGAACGGGAGAGGUGGUGAGUCUGGUGCUGGAGCGGGACGGAAGCUCUGUUCUGCAGCGAGACGCUGUAAACCCCGUGUUACGGGACAAACUCACCAUCCGCAUGCCCAGUCCUGCAGGGACACCGAUGAGGAACAGCUGCCCUGCCAUCACCAUGACCAGACCCUUCGGCCUUAAGCCCAGAGACUACAGCUUCGUGUCCGACGAUAACGUUCAGGAGGUGACUCUCAAGAAGAGACUGAACGGUCUGGGCUUCAGCUUUUUCAUCACAGAGCUGGACACGUCCCUCGACUCUGGCUCCAUCGUGCGAAUCAGAACGCUGUUCCCAGGUCAGCCGGCAGAGGAGAGCGGAAAGAUUCGGGAGGGAGACGUCAUUCUGUCUAUCAAUGGAGAGCCGCUGAAGGGCCUGUCCUAUCAGAAAGUGCUACAGUUAUUGAGGACUUCUCCUUCAGAAGUGCAGCUGCUUCUCUGCCGUCCUGCUCAAGGAACACUUCCACCUAUAUCAGAGAAAAUAGGCCAACUGACCUGCAGCUGAACCAUGAAAGAUGUCACAUGGGCAUUUAAUCAUCUCUUCUCCUGGGAAGGAAGGUCAUAGAAGAAUCCUGUUGGAUUAUGGGAGAGGAUGGAUCCUUCAGAGGGGUUAGAAAGUCAAAACGGAGCGGAGCUGGGGAGUCCGACUUUCCUUGAUGGACUUUCCUACUUUCCUAACUGUUUUCCAUAACAUUACCGCAAGGGUUUUGGGUCCUCUGAAAUACAUAAAGGAUGAGCAUUGAGACCUGAAGCGGACUGAGUGUUUGCAGUCUGUGGUGCCAUUCAUUGCCUGUAUUUACUUGACUGGACAAGAAGCCAAGCUUCACCGCCUCAACUAGUGACAAAUCUCAGUUCCUGCAGUUCCAGGAAGUGUCCACAAGGAGGCGUUACAGCAUCAUAAACAAUUCAUGUGAACAAAACGCUAGUCACAAAUUGUCACACAAUUUUUUUGUCUGUAAGAAUUUGAAGUCUGUUAUAUUAGCCUACCACAUAAUGAAUACUGUAUUUAAUUAAUUAAAUCUGAGCUGCAAAUGGUCCUGAUGGCAGCUCACUGUGACCCACCCGUUUACCUUAACUGCAAUUGUUAUAGUGCCUUGCCGUCAGAGACUGCAACUUCUACAAAUUUCAGAUAUGCCUGUUUCAACGAUUAACGUAUGUACUGUAUUUAUCACAGCUUCAGCCUGUUCCUCAAUUGUGCA